AAACUCUACAGAAGAAGAAGACGACGACAGCAUGGCGACCUAGAGAGGGACCCACGUUCGUUUGUUGACAUUUAUUUUAAAACCAACCUUCUGCUGUGUCAAUGAACCUACAGACACUGUAGCUAUGUCGAGACUCAUCGUUAAGAACCUCCCUAACGGGAUGAAGGAGGAGAGGUUCCGAUCCAUGUUUGCUGCCUUUGGGACCGUCACAGACUCCUCUCUGAAGUUCACGAAAGACGGCAAGUUCCGCAAGUUUGGAUUUGUGGGUUUCAAAGCUCCAGAAGAUGCAAACCGAGCGCUGGCGCAUUUCAACAAGAGCUUCGUGGACACAUCCAGAGUCACGGUGGAGAUGUGUAAGGCCUUUGGAGACCCUACUAAAGCCAGGCCCUGGAGUAAACACACUCGGACCUUAGGCCAAGACAAAACGUCUGCUCCUCCUGACUCCGACAGCAAAAAGAAACAAAAAAAGGAAACCAAAAGCACACUUGGAGAUCUUGAAGAGGAGGAAAGUUUCAAGGAGUUUCUGUCACUACAUCAGAAUCGAAACAAAGUCCAGACUUGGGCAAAUGACACAGUGCAGCAGGCAACUAGUUCUGACAGUGGACAAACAAAGAGUAAGAGUAAAAAGCCUGCUUCAGAUGAUUAUCUUAACUUUGAUUCAGACGAGUCAGAGGAUGAGAUCGAGGAUCAAGAGGAGGAGGGGGAGGAGGACGACGACGAAGGUGAAGGAGCAAGUAAAGAAGCGCUGAAGUCUGACUUGUCAGAUAUGGAUUACUUGCGCUCAAAGGUGGCACAGACAGACACUUUGGUAGAUGAUGAAGAUGAGGAUGAUGGCCCUGUCCUGCACACAGACAGUGCCUAUGAGAGUGGUGACCGAGAAAGUGCCUCAAAGACAAAAACCUUAGUUUCCUCCGAGGAUAAAAAUCAGAGCAAAUCAAAGAAGUCUUUCGAGAAAGAGACAGGGCCAAUGACAGAAUUCACAGUGAAGCUGAGAGGAGCCCCGUUCAAUGUGAAGGAGCAACAAAUCCGGGAGUUCAUGGCCCCACUGAAGCCUGUAGCCAUCCGGAUUGGAAAGAAUGAAAGUGGAAAUAGGACAGGUUACGUAUAUGUGGACCUGUGCUCUGAACAAGAAGUGGAAAAGGCCUUGAAGAAAAAUAAAGACUACAUAGGGGGGCGUUACAUCGAACUCUUCCGUGUGGAUGCUUCGGGAGGUAAGGGCUCAAGGCGUAGAGAAGACAGAGAAGUUGAGAAAAACUUUAACAGGAUGCUCAAGGAGGAUGAAGAGGAGGAAGAUGUUGCAGAAUCAGGCCGCCUCUUCGUCAGAAACCUUCCUUACACAUGCACCGAGGAAGACAUUCAAGAGCUGUUUUCCAAACACGGUCCUUUAGCUGAGAUUCUCUUCCCUAUUGAUGGUCUAACCAAAAGACCCAAGGGAUUUGCAUUUGUGACGUUCAUGAUACCAGAGAAUGCUGUUUCUGCUCUAGCUCAGCUGGAUGGACAAAUAUUUCAGGGCAGAAUGCUUCACCUGCUUCCCUCCACUGUGAAGAAGGAAAAGGCUGAGUCUUCAGAUGUUGGUGCUCCAGGCUCUUCCUCUUACAAACGACAAAAAGAUGCUAAAGACAAAACUUCCAGUUCCAGUUCACACAAUUGGAACACACUAUUUCUAGGCACAAGUGCAGUAGCAGAUGCCAUCGCUGAAAAGUACAACAUCACAAAAAGCCAAGUACUCGAUCAUGAGUCAAAGGAAAGUAUUGCAGUGCGAAUGGCUCUGGGAGAAACUCAGAUCGUGCAGGAGACUCGACAGUUCCUACUGGACAAUAGUGUCAGUCUUGAUUCUUUUAGUCAGGCAGCAGCAGAGAGGAGUAAAACUGUAAUCCUGGUGAAAAACCUUCCAGCUGGAGUGACUGUGUCAGAGCUGGAGGAGCUCUUCUCGCCUCAUGGCUCGUUGGGACAGGUGCUGCUGCCGCCCUCAGGUCUCACUGCUAUUGUCGAGUUCCUGGAACCAACUGAAGCCAAACGAGCCUUCAUGAAACUGGCUUACAGUAAGUUCCACCAUGUCCCACUGUAUCUGGAGUGGGCACCUGUUGGGGUAUUUGUAGCAGGAAGACAAGCACCAGCAUUGAACAAAAAGGAAACUGUCAAAGAGGAAAAGAAAGCAGACGAGAAGAAGGAAGAAGAGGAGGAGGAGGGGGCGGAGGAGGAGGAACUGGUUCCAGGUUCCACUCUUUUCAUUAAGAAUCUUAAUUUCAGCACGAGAGAGGGGAAACUCCAAGAGACAUUCUCCAAAUGUGGCAAAGUCAAAUCCUGCACCGUCUCUAUGAAGAAAGAUAAAACCGGCAGGCUUUUGUCCAUGGGCUACGGUUUUGUACAGUAUCAGACUGCAGAGGCAGCACAGAAGGCCCUGAGGCAGCUACAGCACUGUACUGUUGAUGAUCACCAGUUGGAGCUGAGGAUUUCUGAGCGAGCCACUAAAAAUACAGAGGUGUCGCGUAAGAAGCAGGGCGAGAAGAAGCAAAAAGGAUCCAAGAUCCUUGUGCGCAACAUUCCCUUCCAAGCCAACGUCAGGGAAAUCCGAGAGCUUUUCAGUACAUUUGGAGAGUUGAAGACUGUCCGCCUUCCAAAGAAAGCAGCUGGUACAGGGAAUCAUAGAGGCUUUGGCUUUAUUGACUUCCUCACCAAGCAGGAUGCUAAGAAAGCUUUUACGGCGCUGUGCCACAGCACCCAUUUGUACGGGAGACGUCUUGUGUUGGAGUGGGCCAAUGCUGAGGACACAGUGGAGACACUGAGACGGAAAACAGCCGAACAUUUUCAUGCCGACACCAAGAAGCCGAAAAAAGCGGAAGUUAUGGAGGGAAUUCUGGAAACAAUGGAAGCUGACGGUUUGGAGGAGGACUGAGUUCUGAAGAUGCCUCUGUUUUAAUCUGACCCGUUCACCAGUGUUUUGUGUUAAUAGUGCUAUUCUAUAUAACCUAUUGUAAAUUUACCUGCUGAUCAAAGUUUGGUUUAAAAAAAACUUCAGAAUUCCGUACAUGACAUAUUUUUGUUUAGAAUGAUUCACCUGAAUAAGAUUAAAUAGGAUGAAUGUCCUUUUUUUACAUAAAAUAUUGUGUCAAGA